GUUUCACGUGACGCGUGUGUGGUUUCCGGGAGCGCGCGGGGCUGUGAGCAGAGUCAGGUGAGGCGGAAGUGCAGUGUAGAGAGAAAAGAGGCUCGCGCGGCUCACCUGUCAAGGUGUACGACCAGACAGAGACAAAAUGAGUAACCCCAUCCCGUCCAAUCUCAAGUCGGAGGCCAAGAAAGCCGCCAAGAUCCUCAGAGAGUUCACUGAAAUCUCCAACAGGAACGGGCCCGACAGACUCAUCCCCGCUCACGUGAUCGCAAAGGCUGAAGGUCUGGCCAUCAUCUCCGUCAUCAAGGCCGGCUUCAUGAUCACAGCCAGAGGAGGCAGCGGCAUCGUCAUCGCCAGGCUGGCCGACCGACGCUGGUCAGCACCAUCUGCCAUUGGCAUCGCCGGUCUGGGAGGAGGCUUCGAGAUCGGCGUGGAGGUGAGUCAUUACCCGUACAUCCUAAAUUUAUUUUACAAAAUGAACGUGGAGGCUGACGUGGCGAUACGCAGCCCGGCAGCAGUCUUUACCUACUGUAGAUCCAAAGGUUUGUUUGCUGGUAUUUCUCUGGAGGGAUCAGGCCUGAUCGAACGCAAAGACACCAACCGCAAGUUCUACUCCCGAGAAAUCCGGGCGUCAGCCAUUUUGAAUGGCGACGUAGAGCCGCCGUCAGAAUGCUAUGACCUCUACCACAUCCUGGAUGUCUACACCGAGGCCUACUGCGCCGACUGGACCAGCAAGAACAUGCGUCAGAAGUCAUCUCUUCCGCCAUCCAGACCGCCACCUCCACCUCAGCAGAGACCAUCAAACACCUACGUGCCGUCACCAUCAGCCGGCUACCAGCAACCAUCAGCCGGCUACCAGCAACCAUCAGCCAGCUACCAGCAACCAUCAGCCGGCUACCAGCCACCUCCAACCAGCACUGACAAGAACAAGCUGUACCCGAGUAUCUCCAUCUAUAAGUCUGAGACAUCAGGUGGAGCACUGCCGGUGGGCGGGGCAGGCGGGCAGCUGGUCGUCACGGCAAUCCACCCGUUCACGGGGCAGCAGCCCGGCGACCUGAGCUUCACCCCUGGCGACCGCAUCACCGUCCUCAACAAGACCGACUCCCAGUACGACUGGUGGGAGGGGCAACUGAUCGACGGGCGCAUCGGGAUCUUCCCUGCCAACUUUGUCACAUACUGAGCCCCCCCCCAGUGGUCUGACGCUGGAACUGCAGCUGAGUGACAGUUUGUACGGGAAGCAGGAGGGGUCAAGUCCACUAAAACUUCAGGGUUUGGCUUCAGAGUCGAUUCAUUAAAAUUGAUCCGCAAGUCGUGAAUGAAGUAAAAUAUGUGACAUCAUUGUAUGAUAUCAUGACGUGGCGCUCUGAGACAUUUCUCGCUGAUUUAAAGACAAAAUAAUAAACUAAUAAAAUAAUAAACAGAUAAUUUAAUAUGUAAAAUAACAAUUAGCUGUAAUUUAUGAAAAAUAAGUUGCUUUAAAUUUAAUGGAAAAUUUUGCCAAAAAAAAAUAAAAUAAAUAAUUUUGGCACCAAUGUUCUUAUGUACAUGUUGAAUUAUUUACACACUGUUAGAAAUGUUAAAAUAUUGCCUGCUGUUUUCUGACUUAAAGGUCGUGUUAAAAUGAAUUAAUUUAAAUUGUGCCAAUUAUUGAAUUAAAUUUUUUACCAAAGUACGUUUCUCCUUUCAGGAAACAUUGUGGAUUCAUUUAUGAAAUUACAGACGUGUUUUCAUGAAUCUGCGUUAGUUUUGGGAAAAAUGAGGAAAUUAAAAAUGAAAAUUAAAAGACAAUUUAGUUUUGAAUUUAAAAAAAUAAUGAUUCCUUUAUUUUGACAUAAAAAAAAAGUCUUUUCCACACUAAAAUCACAAACUCUACUUUCACAACAAAUUGAAUUCAAAUUUAAAACUUUAUUUGGAUUAAAAAAACUGUUAUCAGAGUUUUAAAUUUGUUAAAAUAAAUGUUUAAUAUUUUCUGACGUGUUAAAACUAUUCAGUGUUGCGUUCAGGGGACUUGGGAGCGUUGGAAACUUGGGCACUUUGUUCUGUCUGUGUUUGUGUUUACUUCACUGGUGAAUCUUUGACUUCUCAAACAACCACUUCCUGUCCUUUCCCUUCAAAAUAAAACAGAGACAAACAUAAGAGUUUUACAAAACACUUUUUCUUUUAUUUUCACUAAAAUGAUUUUUAAAAAUAUUUUUUCAAACAGGAUGAGGGUGAUCUUUUUUUUUUACAUUGAACUGAGAUGGAUCAAUGUUACUUUUCUUGACAGUGUUUAAAGCUUCGUCUGUUACAGCUGCUAAACGGGAAGUUUUAUACUUUAUACUGUAUAUGUGAUGAAGGUGAAGGUGAUGAUGAUGAUGAUGUCAGGUAGUUUGAUUAUAAUAAUCAGCUGGUGUUUUUAAAUGUCAGAUUGUUUAAGAAAAACAAAUAAAUGUCAUUUGUAGAGAA